AUGAACGAUACCCAUAACCUACGUAUCGAGAAAGGCAACCAAGACACUUAUCUUGUGGGGGAGUGUCUGGACCCACGUAGCCACCAUUGGGAAACAAGCACACUGCGACUGGACGACUGCCUCGGAGAUGAGAGAGCAGGAAAAUUUAAAUGGGGUGGGCGGGAGUUUACCAGGGACGCCACCAAUGUUUCAUUCAAAAUUGAGGGUGUUAGUAACGUCCCAAUUUUGCGAGCUGACUUGAGGGAUGAUUCAUGGCAUUACCUCAAGGGUGAUGUGAAUCUGGCGGAGAGAAUUGAGAACAGAGAUGGUCAUCUGAGGUUCUCCUGA